CAGGAAGUGCAGACAGCACGCGUUUCUGUCCCCACAUGACCGCACGUUACAGCUACUGUCACCAUAAAUGCCGGUGAGCGUCUGGAUGACUGGUGCCCGUCUGCGUUGUUGACAGGACGACUGAGCCGCCAGGAUGGCAGCAGGCAGGCUGAGCUUCAGAAACAUCACCGCCCUGGCUCCGAUGGUCCGGGUGGGGACUCUGCCCAUGAGGCUGCUGGCUCUGGACUACGGGGCUGAUGUGGUUUACUGUGAGGAGUUGAUCGACAUCAAAAUGGCCCAGUGUCAGAGGGUGGUGAACGACGUGCUGGAGACGGUGGAUUUUGUGGCUCCAGAUGAUCGAGUGAUGUUCAGGACCUGUGACAGGGAGAAGGGCCGAGUCGUCUUCCAGAUGGGAACCGCUGACCCAGACAGAGCGCUGAGCGUGGCCCGGCUUGUGGAGAAGGAUGUGGCUGCUAUCGACGUGAAUAUGGGCUGCCCCAAAGAAUACUCCACCAAGGGCGGGAUGGGAGCAGCUCUUCUGUCGGAUCCUGACAAGAUCGAGGCGAUCCUCAAGAAGCUGGUCACAGGAGUUUCCAUACCCGUCACCUGUAAAAUCCGAAUCCUGCCUUCGGUGGAGGAGACGGUCAGUCUGGUCCAGAGGAUUGAGAAGACCGGCGUCGCUGCUGUCGCUGUUCACGGCAGGUUGAAGGACGAGCGUCCCAGACACCCCGUCCACUGCGAUUACAUUCAGGCCGUCGCUCAGGCGGUUUCCAUCCCCGUCAUCGCCAACGGAGGCUCUCUGGAUCUGGUGAAGACAAACGCCGACGUCGAGGAGUUCAGGAAGGCGACGGGCGCCUCGUCGGUCAUGUUGGCCCGCGCCGCCAUGUGGAACGCAUCAGUGUUCAGCAACCGGGGGCCGCUGCCUUUAGAGAAGGUCAUGGAGGACUACCUCAAAUAUGCGAUCCGAUACGACAACCACGUGUUCAACUCAAAGUACUGCCUGUGUCAGAUGCUGAGAGACAAGGUGGAGUCUCCUCUGGGGAAGCAGGUGCAGGCGGCUCAGACCAACGCUGAGAUCAGCGAGGCGUACGGGCUGCGGGAGCUGUACCGGCAGACCCAGGAGCGGCUGCAGGCCAGGAGGGCCGCCCUGCAGAGCGGCUGCCAGCCGGACCCACUCGUAAUGGACGGAGACGUCACCACCAUGGCUGUCAAGUUUGAGCGGAGAGAGUAUCCAGCUCACAUCACGCCAAAGAUGUUCCUGCUGGAGUGGAGCCGCAAGGAGAAGCUGGAGCAGCCGCUUUACGAGACGGUGCAGCGCUCGCAGGAUCGAGCCUUCCAGUCCGUGGUGACGGUAGCGGAGAAGAAAUACAGAUCUUCACUGUGGGAGAAGUCGAAGAAAUUUGCAGAGCAAGCGGCCGCCGUCGUCUGUCUGCGAGUUCUGGGAAUACCGGAGGGUCGUAUCGGCGAGGAAGACUCCGGCCUCGUCUGCAAGAGGAAGAGGGAGGGGAAGAUGAACGGCGCCACGGAGGAAGAGGGGAGCAACAAACGUCACGAAGCCGACAUCCAACAGGAAACGGCCAGCGCAAAGACCGCCGCGGCGGGCAACGGUGACCAUCGCAAACCGGACACGCCUCCGGAGCAGCAGGAGGGUUAACGAACAGUUAAAAAACUUCUCUUUUAGUUUAAGCAGGAGGAGAAGAAGCUUCUCCAGCGACUGACGGACGCUUGUAAGAACCAGACGUACAGAUCUGAAGCAGCUUGUUUGCGCCAAACAUCAGUUCAUUUAUUUUCUGUCCGUACCCUGAUUAUUUUCUGUCAAACACGAAUCUGUUGUAAAGUUUUAUUUCUUUCAAUGGUUCAGAAUCGUUUUUACACGUUCAAACUGGGAUCUGCACGGUGCAAAUACAGUCUUCCCCGCCGCCAGAGAGGAGAGCGUCUUUAUUAUUAUUAUUGGGAUAAAGUCCACAUUUUAAACCUGUUAACUGAAGAGGUUCAGAUGUGUAUUGCAGCCAGUAGGGGGCAGUGCUGAACCUUCAUUAAGGUUUUAUAGUUUUAAGAUAUUUCAGAGAAACACUAUUAAUUUUAACCUCGGUGCCUUUUACGGGAUUUUCUUUUCAACAUGAUUUCGGGUGGGCCUUAAACGCAUCAUUUGUCCUUUACUCUCUGUCCAACAUGUCCUGCAGUUGGAUUAAACGAGUUAAACAGUA